AUGGGUGAUUCUCGUCUUCUCCGACUCCCCAGCGUCGCUGUUGGGAUUGUCUUGCUACACCUCUUUGCUUUCUCCUCUCUCGUCUCAUCUGAUGAACUUCUGUUCGUUGUGGGAGAAACCAAUGAGAUUCAAGUGACUCCUAGUGUAGAGGUUAAGGCUUCUCCUGGACUGAAGCCAGAUAGAACAGCUCUAUGUGAGAGGAUACACAUCCGUGGACUUCGAAGGUUUAAACAUAUGGACAAGUAUGCACAUUCUCUGAAGCUAAUCGUUAACGCCUCAACCAGUGGGAAAAUCAGUAAUGUCGACGUUUGCUUCCACAGGAAUCUGUCGCGUGCAGUCGGAAUGUGCCCUCAGAGUCGGUGGGAGAAAGUUUCUAAAGGUUUAUGGAUUCAGACAAUGUCACCCUUCGACCACAAAGUGCUUGAUGUAAGAAGUGCUAGCUCAUCCAAUGUCACUCUGGAAGUCUCUGCUGUUGAAGAAUUCUAUAUGUACCGCAUAGUGUUCCUAAUCCUUGGUAGCGUUUUGCUGGCUUCGGCCUCUACGCUGAGCAACUCAUUAGUCUUUUACUAUAGUAGUGCCAUGGCUGUUGGCAUUCUCCUUGUUGUGCUGCUGGUUCUCUUUCAGGGGAUGAAGCUUCUACCAACUGGACGGAGCUCGUUUGCAUUAUUCAUAUACUCUUCCCUGCUUGGUGUAGGUGGUUUCCUUCUUCGCUACAUACCUGGUUUAUUUCAAACUCUGCUAACAGAGAUGGGAAUCGACGAAGAAAUGUAUACACCUGUAGCGAUUUUCGUGGGGGUGUUUCUAUCUUUGGGUGGAGCCUUUUUUGGAUUCUGGACUGUGAGGAAACUGGUUCUGACCGAAGAUGGCUCCAUUGACAUAAGCACUUCACUAUUCGUUUCUUGGUCCAUCCGGAUUUUGGCCGCGGUGUUGAUUCUGCAGAGCUCCAUAGAUCCUUUGCUUGCUGGAGGAUCACUAAUAUCUGUGAUUAUUGUGUCAUCGAGUUUAAAGAAGAUCUCUAGAUUGAAGUUUCUACUACCUUUAUUUGAGAUUCCAAUGAAUUUACUGAUAGGAAUCUGGGAGGCAAUUCGUUAUGCUGAAGUACCAGCUGUCCCUGGAUAUCUACAUGACUUCAUGCAAAAGAGUCCUGAUGCUUCUGAAUUUGGCAGCCGUGUUUCUUCAUCAGGAGGGAUGAGACGAGCUCCACCGUCUGAGUCAGAUACUUUCGCUUCCACUUUCCAUAAAACUCCUGAAAGGACCAAACUAUCUAAAGAAGAGUGGAAGAAGCUCACUAAGGACAGCACUACAAAGGCGGUUAAAGAAUUGGUUUCUUCGCCUGAAUUUAGCAGAUGGGCAGCUUCAAAUGCGGAUAGGAUCAGUGUAGCUCCAAGAAAAGGGUCUGGUAGCAAAGACCGGCCUCGGAAAUGGUUGGGUUGGUUCUGA